AUGGAUUCGUCUAAAGUGGAAGAGCAGCUCCAAUCAAGUUCUCAGUGUCCUCCAGACUCAAACUGGAAGCUUCUCGCUUGCACAACAUGGUCCCCAAACCCCACAACUAUCCACUCUCUGCCGAGCGAAAUCAUAGCAACCAUAUUUGAACACUGUCUUCCACCAUAUCCCAAGCCUCCACAGCUGAUUGGCCAGGACUCGCCCACUUACCUGCUCGGAAUCUGCCGCACUUGGCGCGACAUCGCGCUACACAGUCCCGAGCUCUGGCGAGCUGUUGACUGCUACAGUCGUCGGCACCUCGUUGUAGUCCUGGAAUGGCUACAGCGGUCCAAGAGCCGUUUGUUGUCACUGAGCAUAGUCUUUGAGCUAGGUGGGCUGGAUAAUGAACGUCUUUUGCAAGCUCUUGUCGCUCACCGCACUCGGUGGGAAUACGCUCAGUUUUGGACCUUCGAAGCCCAAUCCUCGCGAAUUAUUUGCGGCCCUGCGCCGCAUCUCAAAGAGCUAGCAAUCCGCCCAGUGGAUGAUUAUCCUCGAGCCUUCAAUCUUCCUCCUCUGGCGGUCGAUAUGACAAAUGGGGCCUUUCCACGUAUUGUGUCAUUGACACUCUUGGCCGCCAAAUUUACUCCCGGCCCCGCGAUUUCUUGGAGCCAUUUGCAAACACUCUCUUUGAUGCACACUUCCUUCGUCGAGUGCGCCAGUAACCAUAAAGCCAGCGCUGGCUUUAUGGUUACCUACCGGUUAACACAAGUUGGUCCUGGCGGACACCAACGAAAACGCUGUCAAUAUCAACGUUCCCAAGCUCGAGAGGCUUGUCCUCGAGACAUGCGAAGGAGCACACCCCGACGACUACCGGUGUCUCAGUGCACUUACGCUGCCGGCGCUCCGCCAACUCCAACUGACGGUCGAUUCCUCUGA